UAAAGACACUUCCUGUACGCCACUUGGAAGAAACAUAUUUUGAAACAUUCAUGUCUUGACGUUGCAUAAAGAUACACGAAGUAAAUAAAAAAUAGCCCAGGAUGAACUACGUACCAGGGACAGCAAGUCUCAUUGACGACAUCGACAAGAAGCACCUGGUGUUGCUCCGAGAUGGCAGAACGCUGAUCGGUUACCUCAGAAGCAUUGAUCAGUUUGCGAAUUUAGUUUUUCAUCAAACAGUGGAGCGCAUCCAUGUGGGGAAGAAAUUUGGUGACAUCCCUCGAGGAAUAUUCAUUGUGAGAGGAGAGAAUGUGGUGCUGCUUGGAGAGAUAGAUGUGGAUAAGCCCUGCGACACAGUGCUGCAGCAGGUCUCCAUUGAAGAGAUUCUGGAGGAGCAACGGUUGCAGCAGCAAGCCAAACAGGAAACGGACAAAGUCAAAAUGCUGGCCCUGAAGGACCGAGGCCUUUCCAUCCCCAAAGCUGAUAACUUGGAUGAAUACUAACCUUGAUUCCAUGAGCCUCUUCCUCAGUUUGUAUCAGACUGAUAAGUUUUACGUUGAGUUUUAUUUUUUACAAGGCUGCAUCAUGCUGGGCCUCUAUACUGUAGUGUAGGCCUACUCUAUGAAUUUCAGUUGAAUUAUUUGGAGAGGGAAAAAAUGUGAUGCUGCUCUCAUUUGUGCAGAUCCUUACAGAAAAAUGAACGAAUCAUGGGUUUAUGUAAGACCACUCUGCAAUUUAGCAAUUAUUUUACAGCAGCACUUUCUAUGUUGUCAGUGAUAUGUCAAGCCUUUUUAUUUGGAGAUAUGUGGGCCUGCUAUUGACAAAAACUACAUGCUAUGCUCCAAUAAAGAUUUUAGUUUUUCAUUAUGGAAGGCAA